AUGUCGUUGACCAACACAAAGACGGGCUUUUCAGUAAAGGACAUUUUGGACCUUCCCGACACUAAUGACGAAGAGGGAUCUAUCACCGGAGCGGAGGAGGACACGGAGGGCUCGGAGACUACGUCCACCACAAAAACCACUGGAGUUUUGGUGCAAAGUCCUUUAGACAGCGUUCAGACCCUUCCUUUAAAAGCACCCUUUUAUGACAGCAGUGACAAUCCUUACACGCGAUGGCUUGCUACUACGGACAGCAUCCAAUAUUCAUUGCACGGCCUCUCCGCGGGUUCCCAGGACUCGGCCAAGUCUCCGGAGCCGUCUGCAGACGACGAGUCCCCGGACAACGACAAGGAAACGUCCAGCAGUGGCGGCAGCGAUUCGGGCAAGAAGCGUAAAAGGAGGGUGUUGUUUUCCAAAGCGCAGACUUACGAGCUGGAGCGCCGCUUCAGGCAGCAGAGAUACCUGUCCGCUCCAGAACGAGAGCAUCUGGCCAGCCUGAUACGCCUCACCCCGACCCAGGUCAAGAUAUGGUUCCAGAACCAUCGGUAUAAGAUGAAGAGAGCACGGGCCGAAAAAGGUAUGGAAGUGACCCAUCUCCCCUCUCCCAGGCGGGUGGCUGUCCCGGUCUUAGUCAGGGAUGGAAAGCCGUGUCACACUCUUAAAGCUCAGGACUUGGCGGCCACUUUUCAGGCCGGGAUCCCCUUCUCAGCUUAUAGUGCCCAGUCUCUCCAACACAUGCAGUAUAACGCGCAGUACGGCGCGGCCACGGCACAGUUCCCUUCAGCACAUCACUUGGUGCAGACGCAACAGUGGACUUGGUGA